CCUCAAGUCAAACUACUGGAAAAUACUCGUAAUAGAUAUGAUUUGAGGGAAAGAUGAGGUCCAUACGGACAUCUUGAUCUAUUUCCUAACUCCGAAGUUGAUAAUUCCAUUACUAGUUUAUGUACUACCCUUCCCCUCUGACAUCCGACUAUCUGAGAGCAUUCGUUCAUAUAUGGAAGAAGCCAAGGUUGUUGAAGCCAAGGAUGGAACUAUCUCAGUUGCCACUGCAUUUGCAGGCCACCAGGAAGCUGUACAGGAUAGAGAUCAUAAAUUUUUAACAAGGGCAGUUGAAGAAGCGUAUAAAGGUGUAGAAUGUGGACACGGAGGCCCAUUUGGUGCUGUUGUUGUUUGCAAUGAAGAAGUUCUUGUUAGUUGCCACAACAUGGUGCUGAACAAUACUGACCCUACUGCUCAUGCAGAGGUGACCGCUAUAAGAGAGGCAUGCAAAAAGCUGAACCGCAUUGAGCUAUCAGACUGUGAAAUGUAUGCCUCUUGUGAGCCAUGCCCAAUGUGCUUUGGUGCUAUACAUCUUUCACGAAUUAAGAGGCUUGUUUAUGGAGCCAAAGCUGAAGCUGCCAUUGCCAUUGGAUUUGAUGACUUUAUUGCAGAUGCUCUAAGAGGAACUGGUGUCUAUCAAAAGGCUAACUUGGAGAUAAAGAGGGCUGAUGGCAAUGGGGCCAUUAUUGCAGAGCAAGUGUUCGAGAAGACAAAAACAAAGUUCACUCUUUAUUGAUCAAAAGGGGCAGCCCCCUGCCCAUCUUCCAAAAAACAAUCUUAUCUUCCCUUGACAUUAUAAUGAUACUAAAUAUCCAAAGUUUACACAUUUGAAAAAGAAUCAGGAUAGUGAAAUUCAAAUUGCAUUUAAAUUGAAUAUAUACAUUUGUUGAGUACAAUACAAUAAAGUGUGGGGUUUUUCUUUAAUUGUCAAUUUCAUAAUAUUUCACUUUAAGCUUCUCUCAAUCUCUUGCAAAUAUGAGAUCUGCUUCAUUCAGAUAUUAAAAAUAAUCGCUU